GGUCGGGGUGAAGCCGGAAACGUUCCUCCAAGUGAUCGGCAAAGUGAAGAUGAGCCUCGACUGCAAGGAGGCCAUCGUGGAGGCCGUCCGCGCGCUGCCCGGUGGCCUCAUGUCCGCCGACCAGUUUCAGAGCGUCUUUGAAGAGCUGGACAAAGACACGGUGGAGGAGCACCUGCCCUGGCCCGAGUACUGCAGCCCCGUCCUGCAGCGCGCUCAGGCGCUCUUCGGCCACCCCUACUUUGACUACUUGGGGAACUUGGUCGCCUUCGGAAACAUCAUUUCCAUCUGUGUGUUCUUGGUGAGGGACGCGGACAAGCUGCCCAACGAGCGGAACGACUUCGUCUUGGGGGUCCUGAACUGCUGCUUCAUCCUCUACUACGUGCUGGAGAUGCAGCUGAAGAUGCUGGCUCUGGGCCCCCGCGGCUACCUCUCGUCGCCCAGCAACGUCUUCGACGGGGUCCUCACCGUGAUCCUGCUGGUCUUGGAGAUCUCCAUCCUGGCCGUGUACCGAUUUCCUCAUCUGGGCUGGAAGACCGAGAUGCUGGGCCUCCUGUCUCUGUGGGACGUGGCCAGGCUGGUGAACAUGUUCAUCGUGUUCCGCUUCCUCCGGAUCAUCCCCAACAUGAAGCUCCUGUCCCUGGUGGCCGAGACCCUCCUGGACUUGGUCCGAAACAUGCGGGCCUUCGCGGGGAUCCUGGUGGUGGUUUACUACGUCUUUGCCAUCGUCGGGAUCAGCCUGUUCCAGGGAGCCAUCCAGCCCCCUCCAGGGAACGGCAG